AUGGCGCCUUCAAAGCGUAAGGGGAAUGCCCGUUCUCGGAAGGCAUCUCCUGCCGCCGCAUCGACAUCGUCGACAAGGUCCAGCUCGCGUUCGACGGUGAAGUCCGCUCCCACUGCCCAGAGCACGCCGGACUCACCUCCUCCCACACCAAGAGAUGUGGAAGAUGAUGGGUACUUCGAUUCGGAUGAGGAAGAGGGUUCUUUGAAUCGCAUAGGUAGAGUCCCCCUCAGCUGGUACGACAACGAGGGUCACAUCGGUUACACGGUAGAAGGUCAGAAGCUUGCUAAGGAGCUGGAUUCUACAGAGAUAGGGAAGCUACUAUUUCAGUCGGACAACCCCGACGCCUGGCGUACGAUUAUUGACGUCCGCAAUAACCGUACGGUGCGCCUCACCGACGAGGAUCUGAAGCUAAUAAGCCGUAUCCGGAAGGGUAUGUACCCCAGGGAUAACUACAACCAGGAGGACCUUUACAUUGAUUUCGGCAAUGAAGAUGCCAUACACCCCGUGUCUAAUAAGCCUCCGAAGAAGGCCAACUUCAUGCCCUCCAAAUUUGAGGCCGCCAAGAUCAGGAGACUGGUGAAGCUGAUUAAGAGCGGCAAGUUGGUUGUCAAAACCGAGCCUGAUGAGCCUCCGGAGGAGCCCAUUGAGGAUAUUUGGUUGGACUGCAUCUAUCAGGUGGAUCCGAAGACAGCGAGGCGUGGUCAUCAUCAUGAAAUCAGAGCACCCAAGGCGCCUCUCCCAACCCACAGUGAAUCGUACAACCCACCUGAAGAGUACCUAUUAGACGAGCAGGAAACCAAAGAGUGGCUUGAGACGGAACCGGAGGAUCGCAAAAUGGAUUAUCUGCCUCAAAAAUUCGACUGCUUGCGCAAGGUUGGAUCCUACGAGAACCUCAUUGUAGAGCGAUACCGUCGCUGUAUGCAACUGUACUUGUGUCCGAGGGCAGUUAAGCUGAAGAUGAAUGUUAACCCGGAGACCCUUUACCCCAAGCUGCCUGAUAUUGACACUUUGGGACCCUUCCCCACUACUAUAUCAGUCGAAUUCCGCGUUUCUGACACGCGCAAAGUCUCCGUGGACUGCACGGGAAGAUGGAUCGCGCUUGCAUCGGUGGACGCUAUUCACAUAUGCAGCGUUCUGAAUGGCCGAGUAUUCGACCGUGUCGAGGGGUUAGAAAAGAUUUACGACAUCUGCUGGCACCCACGGUACCCAAUCCUCAUCGUGUCUCAUGGCAGCACGAUGUCUUUCAUUGCGGUUGAGCUGCCGAAUCUGAAGCCGAUAUCCGACGAUCAGCCCAGCUCGCGCAAGAAGGCUACCGAUACCGAAGAUAAGAGCGCAUAUGAAAAGGCUCUGGAGAUGAUAGGCUUGACAAACGCAUCGGCUGGCUGGAGAUCCGUGCGUUUCGGCAAGAAUGAAGCACUGUCAGUGGACCACGUCGACGAGCUCCACCGCGUAUCGGUUCACCCGCAGGGUAACUACGUGGUCGGAGUCUCUCCUCAUAGUCGCGAAUCCGGCAACCAAUGCGUGAUCUAUUGUCUCACCAAAAAGACGUUCAUUCGGGUCGGCAACAAGAUGAACAACAAUGCAAUUCGCUUGGCCAUGUUCCACCCGUUGGAACCCAAACUAAUCUUGGGUCUAAGGAAGGGCGUUCGUUUCUACAACCUGAAAAUUAAGAACGAGAAGCUGGACAGCGAAGGCGAGAAACUCACUGGCGUGGACUUGCCGGUUUCGAUGCACCUGAACAGAGGCGCACAGAUUUUAGCAGUGGCAGACGAAAAUGGUAGUGUGGUUCUGUUCGACUUGAACGUAGGCAUGUACCCAUACAAAAAGUUCCAGUUCAAGGGAGAGCAGAUUGUAAAGGUGGAAUUCCACCCUUCCCUGCCGCUGCUGCUGGUGGCGUCAUCUGCUGGAGUUGUUCAUUUGAUUCACGUCAGCGUGCCAGACGACCUUUCAAAGGACCCUGUGAUUGUGCCGCUCAAGGACCUGAAGACAUUCGCCAUUGCUGAUGCCAAGUGGCACAUUAAUGAACCGUGGAUUUUCACAUCGGGUUCACGUGAAGGCCUAAUGUGGGUGUGA